AUGUCAACAUUGAGGGAAAGGUGCACAUGAAAGGAGAGAAGAAAGUUAAGAAUGAAUGGACUAAGAUGUGUCGGGACUGUUCUUCCUUGAUGUCAUUGAUGCAGAGGUAAAGCAUUCUUGCUUUAGUGGUAGAGGAUUGAGAAUGACCUGAAGCAUCAUCUCUGACAUACUUAGCAUACUAUCAGAUAAAAGGUAUGACUGAUAGGUCUAAGGCCUUGGUGUUCAGACUCAACGAUCAUGGACAGGGACCAGAAAUUAUUCGUCAGAUGUUCCUUGAACGAGGAUGGAUAGAGUUUGAUGAAGUACAACAAGAAGAUGAAGAUUGGAAUAUAUGGUGGAGGACAUCACGUUUCCGUAACUGUGAUUACGAUUUCCUACAGUCAUGGCAAAGGUUAAAUCAUUACCCAAAGUCUGUUGGCAUAACCAAAAAAGAUUGUUUAGCAAGGAAUUUAAAAAGAAUGAAAGGAGUUCAUGGUACAGGAGUGUAUAAUUUUAGUCCUAUUGCUUUCAACUUGCCAAAUGAUUAUACACGUUAUGUUGCAGAGUAUGGGAGGCUGAAACAACAACAAAAUGAUGGCAAGUCCUUACUGUGGAUAUGUAAGCCUGCUGACAUGUCCAGAGGAAGGGGAAUAUUUCUGUUCCGGGACAUAUCUGAGCUUCAGUACGAUUGUAAUGCAGUUGUACAACGAUAUAUAGCAAAACCAAUGCUGAUUGGUGGAUAUAAAUUUGACCUUCGCAUUUAUGUAGCAGUGCCAUCGUUUCACCCAUUGACCGUUUACAUCUAUGAAGAAGGUAUAGUGAGAUUUAGUACAGAAAAAUAUGAUCUUAAUACAUUAACUAAUGUAUUUGCUCAUCUGACAAACACAUCAAUUAAUAAGCAUAGUCCAUCCUAUACUACUGACAAGGAGUAUAUAGGCCCCGGUUGCAAAUGGACACUUACACAAUUGCGUCAUUAUUUUCAUCAAAACAAUAUCAAUGACAAUAUCUUAUGGAUACGAAUAUUAAAUAUCAUUAUAUUAACCAUACUGAUUCAAGCGCCGCAAGUGCCAAAAUGUACAAACUGUUUUGAACUUUAUGGAUUUGAUGUUCUUAUUGAUGAGAACCUGAAACCAUGGUUACUUGAGGUUAAUUUUAGUCCUUCACUUAGUGCUGACUGCCAGGUUGACAUGGUUGUCAAAAAACCACUCCUACAUGACAUUAUUCAGUUGAUGAAUUUCAAAGAAUCUGAUGUUUCAAGAGGAGGCGAGAAAUUAAAACGGCAAAGUACUAGGAUAAAAGGUAAUGAAACAAUAGAUAGAUAUGCUUCUAGCAGUCGAUUAAGCCACCAUAGUUCAAUACAGAGAGGGUCAUCAUUUCACAAAAACAUAAGCAGUCUAAGCAAACAGUCAACUGUUGGGGAGAGAGAACUGGCAUCAUAUAUUGAACAGGAUUCUGAUGACAUUAAAAUAAAAGUAAAGGGAGAUGAAUGUCUAGGACUUCCAUUAGUUAAUACUAAAGAAGAUAGUCGUCCAAAUUCUGGUAGUUCUGGUAUCUCUAGUUCCCAUAGUGAUCUGAGACAAGGUAAUGAGGAAGUUCAUAAACCAAUAAAAAAUUCUAUAAAACGUUCAAAAAGUGCUGAUACAAGACUGAAUUAUGAUGAAACUGUUGGAUCUCGAGAAAAGGUGAAAUUCUAUAUAGGUCAAAAGAGAAUUGACGAUAAUAACAAUGUGUCAAAAAGUACAUCUGUAAAUAAUAUCAGAAUUCCCCGUAGUGCUGUCACUCGUGAAUCUAGUUCAAGAUACCCAAGAAUUGAUCGUCAGACUACAUCAUCAUCUUUUGCUAAGUCUGAUGGGUUAAUAUCACAUAGAUAUGAGAAAGGCUCAAUAAAAAGUUCUGCCACUUCGGACAGUGCAAUUUCCAGUUUUUCUGGAUCAAGUGAAAACUCAGACUUGAUUUCGUUGCCAGUAGAAACGAAAGCUACAUCAAGACUUUUAUCUCAGAGACAGAAUGUUGUUCCGGCAGUAGAUGUUUCAGCAUCAAAUAGUAAUACGUCUGUAACAGAAUCUAGUCAAACUAUGAAAAUCAAGUCAUUACGACCUAAUGGAAACUCAUCAACUUUUCGUAAAAUCUCUGCUCUUGGUGUAAGUAAUACACCAUCUCAGCUGAAUUCAAACAGAAGUCGCAGCAGGAUGCAAACAAAUAUUAGUAAUUCUUCUGUAUCUAAUCUACCAAAUGUGGGUUAUAAGAAAUUGCAGGCCAGUACACCUGUUCCAAAAACAACCAUAACACCACGACACCAUGGUAGUAUUCCACGAAAUAUUUCACGAAAUCCUCCUGUAUCAAAAUACUAUGUAAACAACAAUGGAAGAAAUUCUUCACAGGCUAAUAUUAACCUUACACGAUCCCAAUUGUUUGUGUCUAAUUCUCCAACGCAAUCACAGACAAUUAGGUCAUCAUUACAAAGUAACAGUCGAGACUUGGGUCAAAGGAAUACCAACAAUUCUCGUCUGAGUAUAAGGAGAGAUUCACACAACAGUAAACAUCCUAUCAGGGGAAGAUUGAAGGGACCAGCACCUAUUGUAGGGGAUUUCUUUCUAGGAUUUCCUUUUAGUGAAAUCUCACUUAAAGCAGCAAACACAACUCUAGAUGCACAUGUUGUAGUAAAAGAGACACAAAGACUUCUGAAAGAAGCAUUAGUAAAAGUAGAUAAAAUAUCAGGUGAUAUAAAAGUGGGUGGACAUCUCCCAUAUGGUGCCUCAGAAUGGGAAAGGAGACUUUGGGGACCAGUCAAACCUCAAGAAGAGAAUAGUUGACAAAGGGAUAGUUUCAUAGGUACACAUGACCCAUGACAAUGUCAUAAAACAUGACAGAAGAAAGCAAUAAUGUUUCAGUCAGUACAUGAUGUGUUAUCACAGGUAUUGGCAUUGUCCUGAUUGGCCAAACACUGACCAUAACAGCAGACAGCAGAAACAAGUGAAACCUUGGAAUUUGGUGGAAACUACAGAGGAUAAGCUUGGUCAGUACUCUGACAUCUAUAAUUUGAAUAGUGUUUUUAGAUAUCUACAACAGUUUUGAGGAUACAUUUUGCUCACUAUAUGAAAAUAGUUGUACUUAUUUUGAUAGAAUACCCACAUUUUUUCAUUAAUUCCUCAUAAAAGUAUUAUUACUCACAAAAUCUUGAUGAUUUUUAAUUUUUUUCAUGAAAACUCAUUUAUUUAAUCUUUAAAGCUCUUAAAAAUAUUUUUUAAAAGUUAGAUGAACUUUAAAAAGUAUUCAAGUGCUGUUUGAGUAAUUCACUUAAAAUAGCCAUAAAUGGCUAAGUGGCAGGAGUUAUUGACAAAUUGUGACAAUGCCAGCUAAAUAAAAAUGAUCAAGAGUGUAGUAUAAAGGAUUUUUAUGGAGGUUGGUGUUUUAUGUUCGGUAUAGGUAUAAAUCAAUAAAGGUGUUCAAAGGCAUACUAUAUCAUUUAAAUGUUUUAAAGUGCAUCCAAUUGUCACAAGAAAGAGAAAUAAGUCCUUUUUAGUAUCUUCUAUAUCACCAUGUGUUGUGUUGCUUUAAAACGUGGAUAAAUUUGUGUAUUUUUUCUGGUUUGGGUAAAUGAUAUUCCUUCAAAAAAUGAAAAAAAAUUUACUGUUAGAGAAUUAAAAAAAAAAAUAUUCAAAAACAGCCUCAGUAUUAAGAUUAAGUAGGAUCUAUUGUUAAUGUUUGAUUAGUUUUAUAUUGUUAAAUCCCAGGUCAACACACACAGUAACUAUUUUAUAGUAACUCAUUGUACAAAGAUUAAUACAAAUUAUGUACAGCUCUUGUACAAAAGUCAUUCUCUUUCAAUAUUUCCCUGAGUUAUUCUAUAAUGUAAAUUUUCAACAAUAGCAGCAAAAAAUGACUUCUGGCAAUUUAGAGUCUAAUAAUAUUGUAGAGACAUUUUCUUAUGUAGAUGACCCUAUUUUGACCUCUUUUAUUGUCUUUCAAUUUAUUCUGUAGUUUGGUCAUUUGUGUCAUGUCCAUGCACCCAACAUCUAGUUCUAUUUAUAUUUGAACUCAAGUAUUAAAGUUUUUUUUUAAAUUCCCUAUUAACCCCAUGAAUAUCAAUUUUAUCUUAUGAUGAUUUUUGUCUCGCCUUGACCAGAAUCCAAAAGCGAGACAUAGGUAUGUUUUUUCAGACAUCGGUUGCUGCGUCAACAAUGUCCCGCUGCAAAUGUUUGCACCUGUCCUAAGUCAGGAAUCUGAUUACAGUAGUUGUCGUCUGUUUAUGUAGUUCAUACGUGUUUCUCGUUUCUCGUUUUUAUAUAGAUUAGACCGUUGGUUUUUCCGUUUGAAUGGUUUUACACUAGUAAUUUUUUGGGGCCCUUUAUAGCUUGCUGUUUGGUGUGAGCCAAUGCUCCGUGUUGAAGGCCGUACCUUGACCUAUAAUGGUUUACUUUUAUAAAUUAUUACUUGAAUGGAGAGUUGUCUCAUUGGCACUCAUACCACAUCUUCCUAUAUCUAAUUAGUUUGUGAUUUGGUCUAGUUUAUGGUGAACCACUAGUGGUAGGUCAAUGAUAUUUGGUAUGCAGUUGUAUAAGCAUUGGCACAUCUCAUUUCCAUGGAGAUUAUUUGGCCCCACCCCCUCAGUCAUGCUCUAAUGACUGAAACUUUUGCUUAGUUUACAUGUAUUAGUUUGUGAUUAGGUCAGUUUAAGGGGAACCGUUAGUGGUAGGUCAAUGAUCAUUGGUAUGCAGUUGAAUAAGCAUAAGCACUUCUCAUUUCCAUGGAGAAUAUUUGUUCCUAAUCCCUCAGUCAUGGUCUAUUGACUUUGAAACUUUUGCUAAGUUUACAUGAAUUAGUUUGUGAUUAGGUCAGUUUAAGAUGAACUACUAAUGUUAAGUCAAUGAUAUUUGGUAUGCAGAUGUAUUGGCAUUUGCAAGUUUCAUUUCCAUGGAGAUUAUAUAACCCCAUCCCCUCAUUAUGGUUCCUUGACUUUGAAACUUUUACAUAGUUUACAAGUUAGUGUUUGUGUUUAGGUUUGUUUAAAGGGAACGACUUAUGAAAAGUCAAUUGUAUUUGGUAUGCAGUUGUAUUAGCAUUUGCACAUCUCAUUUCCAUGGAGAUUGUUUAGCCCUGUACCUUCAGUCAUGGUUCAUUGACUUUGAAUAUUUGCAUAACCAUGUUAAAGUAUUGCUAAUUUAAUUUCAACAUUUGCAUUAUCAAAAUAACAAAUAGGUGAGACAUAUCUCUGUGUCAACAGUUUAUUAUAUUUUUUUAAAUUAUUGUUUUCAAGAAUUCAUAAGUUACAAAGGAACUAAUUUUAUACAUCACAUAUUGCUAUGAUAAAUUUAGUAAUAUUGUGACAUUAAAAUGAAAGAUAGGAAUUAGAUCAAUAAAUUAAAUGAUAAAUUCUUGGAAAUAAAAAAAUACUUUCUUUGUUACAGGAAAUAAUUAUUAAUGCUGUUGUUAACUGUGAAACUUCAUGAAAAUAUGACAUGAAAAAAGUUCAAAAUAUUUUGUUAAAGUUUAUUGAUAAAUUCAAGACAAGUGUGGAAAAAAUUAAAAAGGGAACAAUAUUUUGUCCAUUUAAUUUAAAUCAUACUGAGAACAUUAAUAACGGACUUCAGCCCCUCCUUUAGUUUAAAACAUUGAAAAGGGUUAUUCCCCUUUAAACAUGUUUUCGUAGAUAUUUUCAUCCCAAUAUUCAUAUGACUUAGGUAAAUAAAAUGAAUUUGGAUAACAUAGGAUCCUUAACAGUAUUUUUUGUAAGAACAAUGAAUUUUCAUUGGGUAUGAUCGAAAUGUAAAGAAAAUUCUAUUGAUGUGUGUGUUAUUGCUGUUUAAAUGUUCAUCAGCAAAACUAGCUUGUCUUUCAUAUAAUAUCAGCUUUAAACAUGUAGAGUCAUCAUAUGUAUUCAUUGUAUAUUUAUAUAUUUAUGUAGCUUUAAUUGCAAUAGGGCCAUGAUGUACUAUAGCUUUAUCAAGAACAUUUGUAUAACAAAAGUGUACAAUGUCUCCUUAUCAGUUAUUAUUAUUUUUUAUAUAUAAGCAAAGACGAAAAUUUGUUUAAAUAAGUAAUUUUCAUAAAGUAUCUCUACAGUGCCAUUCUGCAUGAAAUUUUCAACUGAACAAGUAAAAAUAUUGAGUUUCUUUAAGUGAUUUUAAGAAUAAUUGAAUUUCUGAUGUUACAAAGUAAUAAAGAUGGAAAGUAACUAGUGGCAUCAGAAAUUUGUUUAUGUUAUAAAUAACCAGUAUCAAAAACAUAGUACAGAAUAAAAUUAUUCCCAAAUGAUGUCUAGACUUAUAUGAGUUGAAAAUUUCAUGAAAAUCCAAUAAAAAAUGUAUAUGUUUUAUUCUUAUGAAAUAUAUUGUGUAAUUUUCCUUGACUUUCAAUAUUUGUACAUAAAUAGUAUUUAAAUGUAUUUUUCUAAUUAGUGCUUUUACUGUACAGAGUGUAAGAAUUUGAAAAUAUAAUAACAUGAUGAAAAGUGCUGAACCAGUUUUUGGACAAAAAAGAAUUGUUUUGAUUAUUUCAGUUUCCAUUUGUUUCAUUUCAAUAAGCUUGAUUCCAAUCGUUGUCUUUCCUUCUAAGUACAUAUGUAUUUGGUAUGGUAUUACGUCAUUUGUGUUUAUGUUGAGAAUAAAAUCUACGUUAGACGGUUGAGCAAAAAGAUGACUUUCUGAAUUGGGAUAGUUUCCAUAACACAGGAAAGAUAAAUAAUAGAAUUAAUAUAUUUCUGUAGGUAGGGUUGGGUUUAAUACAGUACAUAAGAACACAGACAGAUGCUUGAAAAAUGACAAGUUGGCAUGAUGAUCUUGUCUGUUCAAGGAUGUAGAGAUCCAGUUUUCCCAUGAAGCAUUUAAAUGACGUAAACAAUCGGUGAAAAAUAAAAGAGUUUUUUCUAGUAAUUGAAUUGAUAUGAAUCGAACAUAUUAGAUGUUGCUUACAUUUUCCAGUGUGAAAAUCUUAUGCAACACCUAUCUUACAGAGAUAAUGUCAGAUUUAUGCACUAAAUAGAUUGGCAUACAUAUUUGAAUGUAGAGAAAUAUAAUAGGAUUUAAGUUUUUUUUAUGUUAUGUGAAAUUAAUUGUAUUGUAGUUUAUUACUAUGCAAUAUAGUUACGAUAAUCCCUGCUGGUACAGUGGUUAAGUAACUUGGUUAGAACCUUCAAGAAUGUGGCUUUGGUCUACUAUACGAAGGAAUCAUGGUUAUUUUCAACAACAGUUACUUCUUGCAUUAAAAUAUUACUAAGUCGUUAGAGAAACAUUACAUGUUUGUUUUUGAAAAUUUUCUGCCUAAUUCAUACAUGUUAGAACUGGUCAAUGGCAAUAACAAAUGGCAUAAAUCUAACAUAGAUUUUUCUGGAUUUCCUAGAAUGAGAAAAACCACAAAUUUAGAUACUAGAUGAAAUACAAUUUUUUUAUUACUUUGAUUGGAACAAAGAUGAAACCAGUAAGUCAGAUACCCUUUUUUCUCCAGAAAUUACAAUAUAUAACUUUUAGUUUGGCUUUAUAGGUUUUCAGUGUGUCUCAAUGCUAACAUGACUCUUUAAUAUUUUGUCAACUUAUAUAUCACACCUGUUGAUAAAGCAAGUUUUUUGUUGUCAUUGAAAUUUGUAAAAAAAUAUGUACCUGAAAACUUUCAAAUAGAUUGAAAAGAUUUUAUUCAUUUUUGAUGGGGAAAAGGUUAAUUCUGUGAAAGCUGGUUCAAAUCUCUUUAUCAAAGAAAUAUUUUGGAAGAACUCAGGAUUACAUAACAUAAUUAGACCAAGGUUUAUCUUCUCACUUCUUGUAUUUUAAAUAGGGAAAAAAUCAAGGUUUUUUUUCUGUUUCAAUGCUGACAACCAGAUAGUAACCAAAAGCAAACAGUUAAAGUUUACAAAUGAUUUUAAAUAAAUUUAUUUUAUUCAUUGAAGUAGAAAGUUUAACAACUUAGGUUGUAACUUUUAAUUUAAAAUUGCUUUAUAGAAUUAAAUCCCUGUCACAUAAAUGUUUUGAAAUAUAAAUAUUGAUAUUAUGUACAAAUAUGCAUUGUAUUGAAAAGUAGCAAGAAGUAGAAAUGUGCAAAAAGUUAUUUUUGAAAGUAGUAAUUAAUGGCUUCUGGUUUAUGGUUCUUAACUUUAUUGCUACAAGUUUGGCCAUUUGCACAUUAGAUAAAAUCAGGAAAAAAACAAAAAAUCAAGCCAACUAUAUGUACUCAAUUUUGUUGCGAAAAGGAAAUUUGUUAUUAAUUAACGUUUUGAAAAUAUCAUCAGAAAUAUUGAAUAAAUAACUAAGCUGUGAUUUCUACGUUGAAUCGAUCUUUGCUGUAUGCAUAUUACUCUAUUAUAUAUUGUAUUGUAUACCAAUGCACCAAAUUAGUUCUUAUAAAAUUAUAAUUGGCUGGAUAAAACAAAAUUGAUUUUGCUGAAAAAAUUUUUUUUGACAUUCCAAAAAAUAUUUUAAGACUAUGGCUAAUCCUUCAAAUUUAAAAAGCCGCUCUGUGCUGUAACCAAAGCAAUGACAGUCUAAACCUCAAAGGUUAAGUGUGUAAAUAUUUAGUUAAUACUUUUUGUCAUAAAACUCUUGUGUUCAUUUUUAAUGGUCAAUAUUUACACUUUGUACAAAAUUUUAAAUAUUGUUAAUAUUUAUAAAACUCUCUUGUUGUUAUGUACAUUUUGUAUAUAGAUAUUUAUAUAUGUGAGGCAGUUGAUGUUAUAAUUAUGCCUGUAAAUGUUAUAUAUAUGAGAAGCAGUUGGUGUUAAAUUCUUCAUAUUUGUUAUUGUAUGGGAAACUGUUACAGGUAUAUAUAUAUAUUUGUCGUUUUUAGUACAUGUGUACUGGAAAAAGUGCUAUUUGUGAAUUGAAUAAAACUAUCCGAGAAAAUUUGUGCAGACUUCGCUAAGAAUUUUAGCUCCUACCUGAUUGGGACAGUGUUUGGUAUUCCCAUCAUUCAUAGAAUGCCAUCAUUCCCCUUUUUCUAAUGGAAUUUCAAGACCAAUUUUGACUAAAAUUGUUCUGAGUGAGCAGUAAAUAUUGUUUUUUUUUUAAAGAAAUAAGAUAUUCAGAAUUUCUUUUUUAGAUGAUCUGUAAAUUCUGUUCCCAAAGGCAGAUAACUCUUAUAAAAUUUUACUGUAUUGAAGGUUGAACAGCUGUCUCACAAUGUUGAUAACAUUUUCUUUUUUUGUAUUUGAGGGCCAUCAGUGUCAUUAAAAGUGCUGUCUGCUGUAGUAUGAGUCUUUCAUUAUUUAAUGUAUGGAGAUCCAUUCAUGUUAUUUAUAGUACUGUCUGCUUAAGUAUGAGUCUCUAAUUAUUUAAUGUAUGGUGAACCAUUUAUGUUAUUUAUAGCAGUGUCUGUGAUAUUUUUUCAGUAUUAGAAAGCUAUUAGAUCUUGUUUGUUAUUGCUGACUAAAUUAUUGUUUUGAUAGAAGCAUUGUUUUCAUUAAAACUGUCAAAAUAA